CUGCUCAGUACCAUCAUCAUCUCAUCGCGUUCUAUACCGACUCCAAAGCUAUUCUAUUCGUUUCAUUACUAUCUUCAUCUACGAUGAGGUUCUUAGACCUCUACAUUGUACAUUUGGCCUCCUUUGGUGUCCUCCAAGCCAUAUCCACUUCUUCUAUCAUCAGUUCCACGCCCGCUGUGCUCUCAGAGCAAUCUGGUUCGACCUCUAGCUCUUCUUCAUCGUCGAAUCAAACACCAUCCAGCUCCUUCACUUCGGCGAUAACUCCCAAUAGUACACAGAGCCCUACUCCAAGCUUCAACAACACAUCUCUCGAAAUGAAUCAAUGGUCGGUUCACGAUAACGAAGCCGUCUUCAACGUUCCCAAGAUUGAAAUCACUGCUCUCAACGGCGAUGAGCUCUUUGUAACGACUGAUCUCUAUCUCGUCAUGGCGUAUUAUUCUAGCUGGCUCUCGGACAUCCUUCCACCAGAUGAGAUUGACUACAGUAGAUUCGAUAUCGUCUUCUAUGCCUUCAUCAUCCCUGACUCCAGUCAUAACCUCGGAUUCGCCGGCGAGUCCCCUGACGUCUUGACGCAGUUGGUCGAUCACGCCCACAAACAUGAGAAAAAAGUCCUAAUUAGCAUUGGGGGCUGGACUGGAAGCGCUCAUUUCUCAUCUGCUGUUGAAAAUGAAGAGCAAAGGCGGCUUUUUGCGAAUAACAUCGAUGACUUCUACCGCAAGUAUAAUCUUGAUGGCAUUGAUAUCGACUGGGAAUACCCUGGACGUCAAGGAGACCCUGGCAAUGAACUUGACUCUUCCGAUUCCGCAAAUUUUCUCGAAUUCCUGAAACUUCUGCGAUCUGUUCUACCGCCUAAUGCCAAGAUUACUGCCGCAGCCACUACUCUACCUUUCGCUGGCCCUGCUGGACAACCUAUGGAGGACGUUUCAGAAUUCGCAAAUGUCCUGGACUGGGUUCUGCUCAUGAAUUACGACACUUGGGGAACAACUUCGAACCCAGGUCCGAAUGCGCCCCUCUCUGACACUUGCAACAACUCCACUCAAUCUGCUUCAAGUGCAGCAGCAGGAUUCAAUGCCUGGACAAACGCUGGAUUUCCGGCUCGUCAGCUCGUACUUGGUCUGCCUUCCUAUGGAUACAUUUCAGAGUCGACCCAGACACACCUCCGUACUCGUUCUGACGGACCAUCAGUGUCGGAUUCCGAUGACUUUACUCGAUUGAAAAUCCCUGAAGGAGGCGAUCAAGGCUCAGUAUCCGUUCGAGAAAUGGUCAAGCAGGGUGCACUCGUCCAGAACGGUAGCGAACUGACAGCCGCUGGUGGAUUCACAAGUGAAUGGGAUGAAUGCUCCUCCACACCAUUUUUGCGUUCUCAGAAGGCAAAGCAAGUUGUUCCGUUUGACAAUGCUCGAUCAAUUGGGAUGAAGGCGGAGUUUGUGAGACGGACUAGAAUGAGAGGAGUGAAUUUCUUUGAUUUGCAAGGUGAUACCAAUAGCUAUGUGCUAGUCGACGCUGCAAGAAGGGUUCUCGGACGUUGUUGA